AUGGGGGAGCGUGGCUUUGGGAUCAAGGCGGACUCGACCAAGACGGCAUGGGAAUCGGAAGAAUUUCCCUUGUUAUGUGAGAGUUGUUUAGGUGAAAAUCCAUACGUACGUAUGAUGAAGGAGGCAUACGGUAGCGCAUGUAAAAUAUGUGCCCGUCCCUUCACAGUCUUUCGCUGGAAACCGGGCAAACGCGCUCGUUAUAAGAAGACGGAAGUGUGUCAAACCUGCGCUAGAAUGAAGAAUGUAUGUCAAACGUGCGUCUUGGACUUACAAUAUCAUUUGCCAGUUCAAGUUCGUGACGCGUUCUUGGCCAAAGAGGACGGAGGGGAUGGUCAAGUGGCUGUUAAUGUGCCUGAGAGUGAUGCCAAUCGGGAGUGGUUUUCGCAGCAGCACAGUCGUAUGUUGGAGCAAGAAGGAGCAGUCUCUGCUUAUGGUAAAGCAUCAGGCUCAGCCAAUAGCGCGUUACUGCGUUUGGCUCGACAGGAACCGUACUACAAGCGCAAUCGUGCGCACUUGUGCUCGUUCUACGCGCGAGGAGAGUGUAAUCGCGGUGACGAGUGUCCUUAUCUGCAUGAAAUGCCACGUGAUAAGGACGACCCAUUGGCUAAGCAGAAUAUCAAGGACCGGUUCUAUGGAAAGAAGGACCCUGUGGCUAUGAAGAUGCUUGGCGGAGAGAAGAAGAGUCAACAACAUCGGGACGGAAAAACCGAUCGUGGACCACCACCAACGCCUAGUGAUGUGUCAAAGCCCAAACCUCCUCCACGUCCACCAAAGAAACCACCACUUCCUGCUGGACCACCACCGACUGCUGUCAAGAAGAAGGCUGACGAAGAAACGAAAAGCUAG